UAUUUCACUUUGUUUUCACAACAAAAACAAAUCGUGACAGAACAAAAAACGAACGGAAUUACUUUAAAUUAAAAUUUUGUCGGUGUCGCUAUAGUUGCAAUGUUCCACUUUAGUGGCUUCAACAUGAUGUUCCCCGACGCUGGUCGCAACUUCCAGGCCACUUACAAAUGCUUCUCAGUGUCGAUGCUGCCAGGCAACGAACGAUCCGAUGUGGAAAAAGGCGGAAAAAUCAUCAUGCCACCCUCAGCGCUGGACACGCUGACGCGUCUCAAUGUCGAGUAUCCGAUGCUCUUCAAGCUGACAAAUCGCAAGAAAUCGAGGACUUCGCAUGCCGGCGUCCUCGAGUUUGUGGCGGACGAAGGCAAGUGCUAUUUGCCCUACUGGAUGAUGCACAAUCUGCUGCUGGAGGAGGGCGACAUACUGAACAUCGAGAGCGUCUCGCUGCAGGUUGCGACUUUCUCCAAGUUCCAGCCGCACUCCACCGACUUUCUGGACAUCACCAAUCCCAAGGCGGUACUGGAGAAUGCGCUGCGCAAUUUUGCCUGCCUGACCAAGGGCGAUGUCAUUGCGAUCAAGUACAACAAAAAGGUCUACGAACUGUGUGUGCUGGAAACGCGACCUGGCAACGCGGUCAGCAUCAUCGAGUGCGACAUGAACGUGGAGUUCGAGGCACCCGUUGGCUACAAGGAGCACACGGCCCCACAGGCGGGCAACAAUCAGUCGGGCAGCCAGGCAGCUGGCAGCAGUAACAGCAACGAACCCGCCGAUGGUGGAACUGUGCUCGAGGAAGUGGUCGAAACGUUCCAGGGCUCUGGGGUGCGACUCGAUGGCAAAAAGAAGAAGGAUAGCCAACUGGAAACGCCGGUGCUGAAGAAGAUCUUACCACGCGGCGUGCCCGACUAUGAAUUCCAAUUUGGUCUGUUGCGAUUCGAUCGCAGUAUUCGACCAAUCAGUGAUCGUGGACAGGAUGAUGGCGAGAGUGCUGGAGAGGCGGCUGCUGCUGGCGAAGCAGACAGCUUCCAUGGCACUGGCUUCUCCAUGAAGAAGUCGCGCAAAUAGAUCGUAAAUCUCUAGUUCUUUAAUGCUUGCACAUGGCUCACAUAGUAAUAAAGCAGACCAUCAAAAUCGAACACAAAAUGAUUAAAGCAUUGUGCAGACAAGGGUGCUCAAGUUCGAGAUACUAGCUACGUUACAAGUUUACAAUUCAAAUAACACAAU